AUGAUUCAAGGUGCAGUGGUGUUUGCAGAGGUGCUUUCAGCUGUAAAAAGAACACUGGCUCGAGUGCUUGUCAUUAUUGCUAGCCUUGGAUAUGGCAUAGUCAAACCAAGGCUAGGAGCAUUACUGCAUAGGGUGGUGGGGAUUGGACUGCUCUACCUUAUCUUCUCCAUCAUAGAAGGUGUACUGAGAGUCAACACGGAGCACGGUGGUUCAAGCAGGCUGCUUUGUGACAUUGUUAUGGCCCUCAUUGAUUCUUGUAUUGUGUGGUGGAUAUCCUUUCACAAGUCGAUCAUCUGUUAAGACUGUGUGUUCAUUUUGUGCUGUUAUUACAGUGACUUCUGCAUGGUGUAGAU